UCUCACAUACGUUUGGGAGGAAAUUGCGCAAAACGAGGGACACUGCUCAAAAUGAGGAACAUAUGAAAACGUCAUGUCCCUUUUCUCGGACAUUACCUGAUCGCUAAAUCAAAUACAUAAUCGACAAAUCGGGUCCUGAUUAUGUGCUAUUUGGUGCAGUGAUAAAUGGAGACUAAUGGCAAUGGCCUCGGCAAGACCGGAGUCGCCGGUCGACUCUUAUUUGCCAUUCUCAAACUCUAACGAAGACGACAGACAACCAUAUAUGGAACACCGUCAGGGACCCCCUUCUUCAUGCUUUGGAAUUAUCAGCCGGGAGUUCGGAUGCAGUGACCGGAAGAUCACCGCACGUCGCGUGGUGUCCGGUGCGCCCCGAGCGGGGCUCAAAUGGAGUUAGAAAACCUUAGAUAUACCAAAGUCAUGCAUCUGACUAUUCAGUGAUGUGAUAGUGUGACCACAUUUUUAUCUCACAUGAAGAAGGGCAGAAGGUAGAGCCACACGUGCAUUGCAUUGCAUUCCCCUCCACAACUUUGUCGUUCCUCGUUCGAAUCGAAAAGCGAGAACGAAGACCCGUGUCCAUGGCGUCGUCGGUUUCUUCUCAAGGCCUGCGCUUUCCACAGACCCUCUUGCUCUCUCCUCCUCCAAAGCCCGGGUCUCGGCUUCCCUCCACUCGCGCUGCACCGCUCGUCCGCUCUGCUUCGGCCGUCGCUUCGGUUCGUUCCCAGGGGCCCGCUCGCCGGAGCGACGCGGUCCGGUCGCGGUUCGUCGCUAGAGCUUCCGCCUCCGGAAUCAGCCCCGACAUCAGCGAUGUCCUCGGCGAUGUUCGCAUUUUCACUGCCGCCGGCGAACCCGUGUUGUUCAAGGAUCUCUGGGACCAGAAUGAGGGAGUGGCUGUUGUAGCAAUGUUGAGACACUUUGGAUGUAUCUGCUGUUGGGAGCUUGCUUCAGCUUUGAAAGAAUCAAAGGCCAAAUUUGACUCAGCUGGUGUGAAAUUGAUUGCUGUUGGUGUUGGACCUCCUGAUAAAGCUCGCACUCUUGCUGAACGGUUACCGUUUCCGAUGGAUUGCCUGUAUGCUGAUCCUGAUCGCAAGUCGUAUGAUGUUCUGGGCUUGUACUAUGGUCUCGGCCGCACAUUCUUCAAUCCAGCGAGUGCAAAGGUCUUUUCCAGGUUUGAUUCUAUUCAGAAAGCUGCGAAGAAUUAUACCAUCGGAGCCACCCCUGAUGACCGAAGUACUGUUCUGCAACAGGGUGGAAUGCUCGUCUUCAAGGGCAAGGAACUGUUAUAUGCUCGGAAAGAUGAGGGAACCGGUGAUCAUGCCCCUCUAGAUGAUAUCUUUGAUAUCUGCUGCAAAGUCCCUGUAUCAUAAUGUUCUUGCCACACGUGCACACAUAAUACGUAUAUAUUUCGUCUAGAAAUAUGAUACCUACAUUUUUCACACGCACAUAUAUGUAACUUGUGUGGAAAUAUGCCUCGUACUUGUAUCAUAAUAUGUAUCUGAUACUGCAGAUCUCUGCAACAUGCAGUCACACUCGCACUUGUACAAUAAUACAUAUGUAGUUCAUGUAGAAAUACGCCUCUUCAAGAAUGACACUAAUUUAUUAUUUCGCA